GUUUUAAAUUUUUUAAGUAUACACACAGACAUGAAUCUAUGAAGGCGUAUAAUGUUGUCGACAACAAAGUGCUUCGCAUGGAGAUUACGGUUUCCUUUUAGAUUACCGAAUGUAUUCUCGACAAGCUUGUAUUCAUCAAAUCCCGCGCCCAUACAGACAAGCAAACACCCGGAAGUAAGGCCGCUGGAAGAUAUCCCCGGAGUGUCCGGGAAAUCAGCAUUACCUUAUGUCGGCAGUAUCUUCCUUUCAAAAUCCCUAGAUUGUAAGUUAGAUGAUUUCCAGGUAAAGACAUUCUGUUCUAGUCUCCAGAAGAAAUAUGGCGAUAUAGUCAGGACCCGAAUCAAAAACAAUUGGACAGUGUUUAUUUUUGACCCGGAUCUUGCUAAAGAGGUUUUGGAAAUACAAUUGAAAUACCCCUACCGUCCACCAGUUGACAUCCUCAGAGUUUACAACGACAAACAUAAGCUCAGUCAAAGCCUUGCAACAUUAAAUGGCGAGGCAUGGGCUAGAUUACGUAAACCCGCACAGCAGCUGAUGCUAAGACCAUUGGCCGUGUCUGCCUAUGUAGACACUCUGUCAAAAGUAGCUGAGGACUUCGUACAGAAAUACAAAGAUGGCGGAACAGUUGAGGAUCUCCGACCAGUUCUUGUCGACUACGCAACUGAAAGUGUAGGGAUGCUUUGUUUCAAUCGACGGUUUGGGUGCAUGGAUAAGACGAGCAUCAUUGACGUCAAAUUUAUCGAAGACAUAUUUGACGCAGUUGAUGUGGACGGUAAAAGUCUUGGAUUUAAGCCAUAUCUCUACGUUUCAACUCCAUUGUACAGAAAAUUCAAAAGGGCAAUAGACCAUGUUUAUAGUGUAUUCCAGGUAGAAAUCAAGAAUGCAUUGUCAACUUUGGAAAAAGUGAAAGCAGAAGGAAAGCUGGAAGAGUAUCUUGAAAAGCCGAAUCUACUGUACUCGUUGUUGAGUCAUCCGAAAAUGACCCCAGCCGAUGUGGACAGAACCCUUCUUGACCUGUUCAUUGCAGGGAUAGAGUCAACUUCAAACACGUUAAGUCUUUUGUGGUUCGAACUGGCGAAGAAUCAAGAUAAGCAAGAAAAACUUUACAAGGAAAUUUCGUCGGUUUGUGGCAAUGGUGACGUCACAAAAGAAGCUCUGGCCAACAUGUCGUAUCUAAAGGCAUGUGUGAGAGAAACAAUGAGGAUUUAUUCCCCAACGUCCCCUGGGUCUUACCGCCGCUUUGACAAAGACGUGGUUCUGGGUGGAUACCAUAUUCCAGCAGGGACCGAGUUGGUCCUCUGUUUUCAACAAAUGUGUGAAGAUCCUCGGUUAUUUAAGAGUCCUGAGAAGUUUCUGCCUGAGAGAUUCAUGCGUGACGACACCACAUUGACGGAAGAAUACAAAAACACCAACCCGUUUGCUAUACUUCCGUUUGGCUUCGGUCCAAGAAGCUGUAUUGGGCAGCGCUUUGCAGAAACGGAGAUGCAUGUCCUCACUGCAAAGUUUUUUCGUCGGUUCAAAGCCUCGCUUUUGCCGGAUACAAACAAGACAAUGGAAUACAAAUACCGGACAUUUGCUGUUCCUAAAAACGCCGUACCAUUGACAAUUACUCCGAGAGUGUAGAAAGGUUGUACCUCUGACUUGAAAGUGUGUCUUUUAUUCAAGUACGCAUAUGAUUAGGUAAAUGACUAUUAAAUAUUCUGUUGAUUAAAAAGUAUAUCUGAAAAGAAAACAUUUUUAGAAAAGAUAUAUGUUGAUAUAUGUAAUAAUUUUUUUUGUACGAAUUGACCAGAUUUUCUUUCAUUCUUUUUAAUUUUUUGUUUUUGUUUCGUUUUGUUUUGUUUCGUGUGUGUUUUUUUUUUUUAUAAAAGAUUGUAAUGUAGCUUUGACCUGAAUGAAUUUAAGGUUAUUUAAAGUGUACAUAUUUUACAAUUUUUUUCUAGUACAUUCAUGUAGUAUUAUAUGAUACAUCAGUAUGUUUACAUAUAAAUGCAAUGUUACUGAAUACUUACUACAUUUUUAAACUUUAAAUAAAAUGAAGUUUAUCACAAUUGUU